CAUUAUCUAUCUCUCCCAUCUCUCCCUUUCUCCAUCUCUCCCCCUCUAUCCUCCCACCCCUCUUUCUCUCUCAAGCUCUCAAAGACCUAACUGGGCAGCCCGCUGGGGGCCACCAAGGGGCUGGGGCUCGAGGAAGUGGGCGUGGCCGGAGCCAAGGGGCGGGGCCGUGGCGAGACGGGGCGGGGUCGGCCGAGUGAUGGCCCGGGCUGUCGCCGCAGCCGCCGCCGCCGCAGCCCCUUCUGUGACAGGAACCGAAGUCGCCGUUGCCACCGCCCCCCCCCGGGUCGCCGGCCCCCUAGGGUCUAGCUCGGGCGGUACUUGCAGCCAUGGAGGACUUCAUCGUGAUUUCAGACGACAGCGGUUCAGAGAGCUCGGGGGUUACCCGCUCGGGCCGGACACGAAGACUCCGCCGGGCCCUGUCGCGGACCCCCGGCGCAUUGCCCCGACGGACCGUGGACUUCAUUGACUUAACUAGAGAAACCAGACCAAGAGCGAAGGAUCGCAAUGGGCUCUGUGUGAUUGACCUGACAAGAAGUGAGGAAGAAAAUAGACCUAUUGACACUCUUGAUUUGACGUUAGAAUCUGUUGUGCCCUCUCAGAAGGAACCAGCCAGUCUUCAGACAUGUGCCAGCUUGUCUAGCAAAGAGGUAACAGAAGCUCGAGGGAAUAGAAGCUCUUGGCCUGUGACACAAAGAAUCAUUAACAGUGUUCCUGUGGAUUUGGAGCUGUUGGAAGAAACUUCUUUUGAAAAUCUUCAACCCCUUGCAUCCAUCAGCCAGGACUCUGUUUAUCCAGAAGAGCCAAAUUGUAGCUCAGCUACGUUCCUAAAUGACCUCAGCUUCUUGCCAAGCACACAGCUAUCUUCAGAUGUUAGCUUCUUCCUCCCCACAAGCAAUAAUAGUAAUAGCAAUCAGAGGGCACCCUUGUCAUGCCCACGGCAAGGUGAGCCUUGCCCACCACAAACUUUGCCAUGCUCACUGCGAGGCUUUCCAUCCCCACGAAGAGCCUCACCAUGUCCUCCACGAGCCGCCUCAUGCCCACCGCGAGCCUUGUCAUGCCCAUCACAAACCACUCAGUGCCAGCUACCAGCUUUGCCUCGCCCAUCUCAAGAAGUGCCAUGCCCUCCUCAAGAUGUACCAUGCACUCAGCAGAAUAUUCCAGUCCUAUCUCGAGAUUCAUCAUGGCAUCCUCACAGCUCACUGAGCCCACCUCAAGGCUCCCUGGGCCUACCUCAGGAUAUACCAGGCCCACCUCAAAACCUGUUGUAUCCACAAGAUGUGGCAUACCAGCAAAACAUAAAGCCACUGCAAGACAUGUCACAGUCACUGGAAAAUAUACCACAGUUACCUGGCAACAUAAUACAGUCACCAGACAAUACAUCACAGUCACCCAGAGGUGCGCUGCUUUUGCCAGAUGUAUUACAUUCACCUGAAAACAUGGUGCGCUCAUCAAGAGACAUGCCAUGUUCACAAGGAGACUUGCCUCCCUUGCCACAAGACAGACCUAACUCUCCCGAGAAUGAUGUACAGAAUUGUGACAGUCCUAUGGAUAUCUCAACUCCAUCCUCUACAAGUUGUUCCCCAGACUCACCAUCUCCACAAUCUGAAACUUCCUUAGAGAAGGUUCCUUGGCUUUCUGUCACAGAAACAUCUGCCAGGAAAGAGAUGUCAUUGUCAGAGCCUGCCUGUGCCAAGUCUGUCCGGGUACAAGCACAAACACUGCAAGGCGGGCUGUACAACAGGCCCUGCCUGCAUAGAAUGAAGUACUUCUUGAGACCUCCAGUACAUCACCUCUUCUUCCAGACACUAAUCCCAGAUAAAGAUGCACGAGAGAGUAAGGCUCAAAAACUAGAACCCAUACCUCAUCGAAGACUACGAAUGGUGACAAACACUAUUGAAGAAAACUUUCCUCUGGGGACUGUGCAGUUUCUGAUGGACUUUGUGUCACCCCAGCAUUACCCACCUAGAGAAAUUGUGGCUCACAUCAUCCAGAAAAUCCUGCUCAGUGACUCUGAGACAGUGGAUGUCCUCAAGGAUGCCUACAUGCUUCUCAUGAAAAUUCAACAGCUACAUCCAGCCAAUGCCAAGACAGUGGAGUGGGACUGGAAGCUGCUUACCUAUGUCAUGGAAGAAGAGGGUCAGAUUCUGCCUGGGCGAAUCCUUUUUCUGCGUUACGUAGUACAGACCCUGGAAGAUGACUUCCAGCACACACUGAGGAGACAGCGGCACCACCUGCAGCAGUCCAUUGCCAACACUGUGCUGUCCUGUGACAAGCAGCCCCACAAUGUCAGAGAUGUUAUCAAGUGGCUGGUCAAAGCAGUAACUGAAGAUGGGUUAACUCAGUACCCAAGUGGGAGCCAAACCUCUUCAGGAAGAGGAGUUUUGAAAACCAGCAGUGGCCAACCCCCUCCCCAGCCUAACCUGACCAAGAACACUAAUCAGCUGAUUGUGUGCCAGCUUCAGAGGAUGCUGUCCAUAGCUGUGGAGGUGGACAGGACUCCUACCUGCAGCUCCAAUAAAAUCGCUGAGAUGAUGUUUGGAUUUGUUUUGGACAUUCCUCUAAGGAGUCAAAGAGAGAUGUUCUUCACCACCAUGGAGAGCCACCUGCUGCGCUGCAAGGUGUUGGAAAUCAUAUUCCUCCACAGCUGCCAGACGCCCACCCGCCUGCCCCUGUGUCUGGCCCAAGCACUCUAUUUUCUGAAUAAUUCCACAUCACUGCUCAAGUGCCAGUCAGAUAAAACCCAGUGGCAGACUUGGGAUGAACUGGUUGAGCAUCUGCAGUUUCUGUUGUCCAGUUACCAACAUGUUCUAAGAGAACACCUACGCAGUUCAGUGAUUGAUCGAAAAGACUUAAUCAUCAAAAGAAUUAAGCCCAAGCCCCAGCAAGGGGAUGACAUCUCCGUGUCGGACGUGGAGAAGCACAUCGAGGCCUUCCGCAACCGCCUCAUCCAAAUGCUCGGGGAGCCUCUUGUGCCCCAGCUCCAAAACAAAGUGCACUUGCUGAAGCUCCUGCUCUUCUAUGCUGCAGACUUGAACCCCGACGCGGAGUCGACCUCAAAGCACUAACUAGCACAGCCCCCAGGGUCUCCUUCGCACUGAGCACCGAGAAUACCUCCAUGAACUGCUGCCAUCCACUUAGAAGCUCUCAAAGUAUGUACAGUAGUGAAAUUCUCACAGGACCAAGCCUAUCUUAUUUAUCUGUAGGACAUAAAGCUAAGUCUUCAGUAUGUAUCUUUGUAAUAAUUCUAUCCUAGCCUGUUCCAAAGAUGGCUUAAAUCUACAACGUGUAUAUAUUUUUAAUAAAUUAUUUAUCUAUA